UAAUAAUAGGUAUUAAUUAAUAAAAUAUUAUCAACAGAUAGAAGUUAAAAAUUUAAUAAAUAUGCAAAAUGAUGUAUCAAAAGUAACAAGUGACAAAAACAAUGAUGCUGUUUUAUUAAAAUACAAUACAAAUAAAGAUGAUUCAAAUAUACGAGAAAUAAUUAAACAUGAAAUUGAAAAAUAUGAUGCUGAUAAAACUGGUCUUACUGAUUAUGCGCUAGAAUCAUUAGGUGGUAAUAUAUUAUCAACUCGUGAUACUGAAAAUUAUAUUAAAUGUACAAAUAUAUUAUCAUCAAUAUUUGGAUUUUUUUGUAAUGAAGAAAAUAAUGCUAAAAAUGUUAUUCAACCUGGUGUUAAUUUGGGUGAAUGUUGGGCAUUCAAGGGUAGUACUGGUACCAUAGUCAUUGAGUUAAUAACAAGUGUCUACAUAACUGGGCUUACACUUGAGCACAUAUCCUCUUCAAUAUCUCCAACUGGUGAAACUUCAACAGCUCCUCGUGAUUUUUCAUUCUUGGGUUUACGUAGUGUUGAUGAUAAAAAUGGUUUUUUAUUUGGUAAAUAUAAAUAUGAUAAUUGUGAUUCACCAGUUCAGUAUUCAAGUAUUCAAAAUCAAUCAAAUGAAUCAUAUGAUAUUGUUGAAAUUAAAUUUCAUACUAAUUCUGGUAAUCCAGAUUAUACGUGUAUCUAUAGAAUUCGUAUUCAUGGAAAACUUAAGAAUGAUUAA